AUGGCUCUUGUGAGUAGAAUUCCUUCAAUUUCAUCUUCUUCUGGAGCAACCCAAUUGAGAAAAAUCAAAUCUUUUGGUGUUAAUCCUGUUUGCUGUAUCAAUUAUGCAUCACAUUCUUCUUCCCCUUUUACUGAGAAGCAUUCAAUUGAGAGAUACCAAAGGGAUAGUUGGAUUUACAAGGAUGAAUUGGAGCAACAAUCCGGUUCUUGCCCAAUUCUGCCUGAUCCUAGCUAUGUGAGGGACUAUGACAUAGCUUUGCAGCUGCCUGAGCUGAAGAAAAUGCUUCAGGUUUUAAGGGAGAAGAGAGAAGGGGAAGGAGGGUGUGAUAGAAAAGUGCCUGGGAAUGUGUUCUUGGUGGGUACUGGACCAGGAGAUCCUGAGUUGUUGACUGUUAAGGCUUUGAGAGUUAUUCAGAAUGCUGAUCUUUUGUUGUAUGAUAGAUUGGUUUCUAAUGAAGUCUUGGAUUUGGUUGGUCCUGAUGCUAGACUUCUCUAUGUUG